AUGGUGUCCCUAUCAGUGUCACUUGUCAUCCUGUUGGCCCAUACACAAGUCAUCUUUGGUCAAGACUAUGAAACUCAUCGUGUGCCAGUCACACAAGACUAUACCGAUGCCUUUGAUGCAGCCGUGCAAGAAAUGAUUGUCGAUAAAUCUUUCAUUGACACCUACGCCAAUUUGAUGUAUUUCAACGUUCCUGCUUGUACCGACCCAGUGGUCAAGUAUCCUGCGAAAGAUCCUUUCGUUGGAAGAAAGAAUUUAAUCAUGUGUUUGGAAAUUGGUGCCGUAUAUCCUUUCCUUGAUGUCAAAUUGUUGGUUGGUAAUACUUUGGUCAAGAAAAUCAAUGCCAAAUAUGGAACAAAUUAUCAGGCACAGUUCAAGUAUUUAAAUACCUCCAAAUUGGGAUUCUUUACAACAGUCAAGAAUGCUGUGGAUUCGGGUGAAUGUGAUGUCAUUACUACCAACGUUCAAACAUUGGAGGAUCGAAAGAAGCAAGUUCACUUCCAAUGUCAUUGGGGAACAACUUCUCAGGCAUUUUUGAGAUCAGAACUCGACAGUUCAUUGAAUUUGAAAACAUUGGCUGAUCUCAACAAAACGAACAUCAUUGUUGGAGCCUACGCUGGAACUACCUAUGAAGCAGUUGUGAAAAAUAAUUUACAAGCAGCUCAGUACGUUCCUUUCACGACUGCUGAUAUUCAAUAUCAAAAAGUUCUCAAAAAGGAGGUUCAUGCAGUCAUUGGAGAUGCAGUGACGUUUUUAGUUUGGGUAAAUGCUAAUAAGGCCAAUUGUAGUACUUGUAGCGUGAAUUUCUAUGGUCAACCUUAUGGAUUUUCAACAUUUACAACAAACAAUAUUACUUCCCUAGGAAUUCCAAUGAUGAGCCAAGUGUCAUUUGUGGGCAAUUUUAUUGCUGUUGUGUUUUUCUUGGUUUUUAUGAUGCUCAUUAAGAUGUAA